GUAGAGUUCUGUCUCUGUUUUUCACAGCUGUAUGCAUUAGCCAAGAUGCCGCAGAGAAAGAGGAGUUUCACUUUUGGAGCUUACGGCGGAGUUGACAAGACAUUUUCCAGAGCCAGGAGUUUGUGGAAACAGGAUGGAGGAGAGCCCUGCAUUUCUAACACACUAGAUCCUUCACUGUUCCAGGCCUCACUGCCUCACUCAACGUUCCUCAAGACAACUGAUUUAUUUGAAAUGAUUGAGAAAAUGCAGAGCAACAGAAUGGAUGAGCAAAGAUGCACUCUUCCUCCUCCUCUCAAAACCGAGGAAGACUACAUACCUUACCCCAGCGUCCAUGAGGUUCUUGGCAGAAAGAGUCAAUUUCCCUUAAUUCUGCUGCCCCAGUUUGGGGGUUAUUGGAUUGAAGGGACCAAUCAUGAGCUGAGCAAUGGAACUGAUCUGGACCAGCUUCUGUCUCCCAAUUCACGCUUCAAACUGGAGUGCAACACCACUGCUAAGAUCUACAGGAAGCAUUUUCUGGGCAAAGAACACUUUAAUUACUAUACAGUGGACAGUGCCCUGGGCCACCUGGUGUUCUCCAUGAAAUAUGAUGUUAUCGGGGACCAAGAGCAUCUCCGCCUCAUGCUCAGAACUAAAAUGAAAACAUAUCACGACGUGAUUCCAAUAUCUUGUCUGACCGAAUUCCCCAACAUUGUCCAGAUGGCCAAGCUCGUCUGUGAAGAGGUGAACGUGGACCGAUUUUUCCCUGUGCUUUACCCAAAGGCCUCCAGGCUCAUCGUCACUUUUGACGAACACGUCAUAAGCAACAACUUCAAGUUUGGAGUAAUUUAUCAGAAGUUUGGACAGACCUCAGAGGAGGAGUUGUUUGGGAAUAACGAGGAGAGUCCUGCUUUGGUGGAGUUUUUAGAGUUUCUGGGACAGAAAAUCGAGCUCCAUGACUUCAAGGGGUUUCGUGGAGGAUUGGACGUGACACAUGGACAGACAGGCUCUGAAUCUGUGUACCACAAUUUCCACAACAAGGAGAUCAUGUUCCACGUGUCAACUAAGCUGCCUUACACAGAGGGCGAUACACAGCAGCUACAAAGAAAGAGGCAUAUAGGAAAUGACAUCGUGGCCAUCCUGUUUCAAGAGGAGAACACUCCAUUUGUGCCAGACAUGAUUGCCUCCAACUUCCUGCAUGCCUAUGUAGUGGUGCAAGUUGAAAAUGCCUGCUCUGACAACGUCCUGUACAAGGUUUCAGUAACAGCGAGAGACGACGUCCCCUUUUUCGGACCACCCCUCCCUAACCCAGCCAUUUUUAAGAAACGGGUGAUCCGCAGCAGGAGCCAGUCUCUGGACACCAUGGGCCACAAUAUCAGGAAGUACACAGUCUCCAAUAGUCACAGCGGCAGUUUCACCCACAACAACAACCACCACUCACCAGAGUCCCCCAAACCCCCUGGGAUAUCAUUGCUUGUCCCCGGCAAAAGCCCAAGUAAAUAUGGACGUCGUGGCAGUGCCAUAGGAAUAGGAACCAUAGAAGAGUCUUUGAUCAUUCCUGGAAAAAGCCCAACUAGGAAAAAGUCAGGACCCUUUAGCUCUCGACGUAGCAGUGCUAUCGGCAUUGAGAACAUCCAGGAGGUCCAGGAGAAGAGAAUUGCUGCUCUGUUGUCAGAGGACAGGACAGUGCUCUGUCUUUCUCUACCCAGCGUCACUCUCAAGAAUGGGAGGCUCGUCGUGGAUCCUUCCAACAGUAGAGAGUGCUCUCCCAGCACACAGAAGACUCCUGACAGUGGCCACGCCUCCCAGGACCCCAAGUCUGAAAACUCCUCCAAUCAGAGCUCUCCUGAGGUCCUCAUCACUAAGAACAGCUCAAACAUGUACUGCCGGGCUCCCUCCAUUCCUGAGGCUCAUGAUCUGUCCCGCUCCUCAUCUAACGCCAGUAGCUUUGCUAGUGUGGUAGAGGAAAAUGAAACAGAGGCCACAGAGGACUACGACACUGGCAUGGAGAGUCUGUCGUCAGCAGAUACUCCUCAUAAACGAGACUCGUUCACAUACAGCACAUGGCUGGAGGACAACAUGAGCACUACCGGUACAACCAGCAGGGAGAGCUCUCCUGCUCCUGGCAAAACAGAUGGUGGAAAGAACCAGGAGCAGAACCGUACAGACAUCCGCUUUAAACUUGAGCGACCAAAUGACCACAAAUCCACAUCGAACUGCUAGCCCCUCCUGCUUGACUGCCUCAUGGACAUCCAUCAGCAGUAUUUCCACUAGAAACACCUUAGAGAGAAAAGGAGAUCUUGAUGAAGAAGAGGACGAUGACAACGGUUGGCUGACAACAUGUACAUGGCCCAGAACCACAAUCGUGACCAUAUCUCCAUCAGGACACUGUCUACCCUCGCAGACUUGGCCAGAAACAGGAAGGAGUUGGAUACAGGCAGCCAGAGACUGUGCAUUGGCCCUCCUUCCAACUUGUCCUUCACCCUCCUUGUGAGUACAUCAGUAAAUGAAUGAGAACCUCCUCUGUAGCAGCGUCUACUGACAGGCCACUGUGCUAGUGAGUGGCUAAACUAGCAGGUUAUUUGAGGUCCUAACACUGUGCUGAAAUUCAAUUCUGCGAAGUUCGUCUCCUAAAGAACAUUUCAUCUGCUUGCACGACAAAAGCUUUUUCAGCUGUCCCAACUGGUGGACUCUGCAACAGGGAUAGAGUAUGUUUCUGAAACCUAAAAUGACAAAUGGGACACGAUACGGUUUUGAUGACUUUACUGUAAGUACAGUACACAUCAAAUGUGCUAUUUGGCACAGGGCUGUAGAGACCAAACCAUUUAUCAUAUUCUGAUAUUGAUGUUCUGUCGUUCAGAUUUCAGGUGUGAAAACCUUUAAUCUGAUAUUCAUUGCAGCAUUGCAAUACAUCCUUUGGCAUUAUUUAAGAGUAACAGCACUCAAAAAGUUUUCCUGCAAAGAAAAAAA